AUGCCUAAGAAGGCGGGCCCUUCCCUCCUCUGCGAGUGGAUGGUCGGCACGAGUAUUCAAUCCGCUCUCGGACCUCUUCCCAAAGCACCAAAAACCAAGCCCAGACCAAAGAAGCGCGACCUCAUCAAGCUUCAUGUAACAACGGAUGAAGAAUCUGGCGAAGAUACCCUCACAAUCACAUACCCUCGAUCUGAGCGCCUUGACCAAAGCAAGGAAACGCCGGUUGCAGCGCCGGAGCCUGCAGCGCUAGAGCCUGAAUCGGAAUCCGAACCCGAGGCAGUAGAAGUAGUGAAGAAGGUUCGAUUCGAGAAAGAACUUGCUUCAGCCGCAGCUGCAAUGCCGAAGAAAUCCGCCAUGAAGAAGAAGACUUUGGUGACUUUCUGUGAAGAGGAAGAGACAACGUCAGACUCUAGUGGAGAUGUUACAUCUACCUCCGCUUCCUCGGGAGAAGCGACUCCAGAGGCUAGUUCUUCCAAUGAGAGCUCUGCUGCUGAUACAUCUUCAGCUGGAGACACUUCCUCUGACGAAUCCUCCAAGGCAGUCAAAGCGUCAAGGUCAAGGAAAUACCCCAAAAGCAGGAAAAUGGAGAAAUCCACUCAGAGUUCAGAUAGUGAGGCGGACUCUGAUCCUCACCCUACAUGCAAAUGCAAGGACUGUACCACAGAGAGGAAGAAACGAAAGCAAGAACCACUCUGUGAGAAGAAAAAGUGCAAGAAGAAUGAGAAGAGUGUAUCCCCGAAAAGGGCAGAGCCUGAGACUGAUUCAGAAGCCGAGGCAUCAGCAUCUGAAGCGGAGUCCUCAACCAACGAGAAACCUUCGCCAUCGAAAAAGGCAAAAGACAAUAAGAAAGGAAAAAAGAAGGCCGAAGUUUCUGAUACCGAAGGUGAGACCUCGGAAUCAACAAAAGAGGCUUCAGAGUCUGAAGAUGUGCCGGAAAAAUCUCAAGAGAAGAAAAAGAAUAAGAAUGAAAAGGGGGGGAAGAAGGCAGCAGAUUCUUCCAAGAACGAGGGAGAAGCUAAAACCGAAGAAAUCAAAAAAGCCGUAGAGAAAGAAAAAGAAUCAUCCGAAGCAAAAUCCGACGCAGGCAAAAGCAAGGAUAAGGAGAUUGACGAUUCAAAGAAGCCUACCGCUGAGGCUACUGUGCUACCUUAUGAGACAAAGUACGCAAACGGCCAUCCUUACUCACACUCUCGCCCCCCUAACCUCAUUGCUCCUAUCCGCGCCGAGGUUAUGCAUACGGAGCGUGUUGUCGAAACGCAAGAUGAUCCAUUACCAAACGCGUACUACGAUGCUCUCCAUAACGUAGUUCGCAUAUAUCACGGUUCAGUAUAUGGACAAAAUGGACGGCACAUGUUUGCAAACCGAGAAGGGACAUCCGGGCAACCACAUCACCCUGACACAACACAUCAAAUGCAGAAUCCGUAUUACUCUAGUUACAACAAUGUAAUGCCUUUUGGGCCGCCACCACCACCGCGGCAGCAGCAGCUACCUAUUCAUGGAUACGAGCAUGUGCCAAUUACUCAAGGCAUUCCGAUGCCAGGCUGGAACGCCAUGGUGCCACCUCCCGGAUACCCGCCAUACAACUACUAUGGAGGUCCAAUGCUACCACCUUGGUACGACCAACAGCUCAACAAGCAAGCUAGAGACGCACUUGACAUGAAUUAUACUCCUGAUAGCAAAAGAGGCAAGAGUAAAUCACAAGAGCCAGAUAAUAACGUCAUGCCAGAGGCGACAAAACCGAAUCCAUACUACACGAAAAGAGUGUCGCCGUUCAGCAACAUGGGUAGCAACCGACCAGCUUCCAAUGGUAAGCCGCCAUCAAAUUCUGGAAAUUCAAAAAAUGGUGGUAAGGAUGAUGUUCCCAAUUGGGAUACCUCUUCUCGGAGAAGCGUUGGGGCGUGGGCAAACAGCAGUAACCACGGCGGCGCGACAUGGGGCGAUGCUGCUCCCGCUGAUACGAACAACAACACCGGAGGUGGUGAUCAAUGGGGCACUGGUGGAGGAGACGCAUGGAAUACAACAAGCAAUAGUGACCAGUGGAAUAACACAGGAGGCAAUCAAUGGGGAGCGGGCAGUAAUAACGGAGCUUGGACUGCGUCUGGAAAUGAUCAGAAUAACCAGAGUGUUUGGAAUACUGGCGAUACAGCAAAUACUGGGGGUGCUACCUGGGGUGAUGGCAUCGCAAACGACCAACAGCAAACGACCAAAGAAGGCGGCAACAACAACGGUAACCAAAAUCAAGGGCAGUCAAGUCCUCCAACAGGAGGAAAGGAGCCAACUCCCGCCAUGAUCGAUAACAAUGUUGCACCCAUCGCGGUGACGACAGCUUCAUCAGAGGAACAGUCCAAGAUGCCGGGUAGCUGGUGUUCCGAUCAUGACGGGCAAGCGGCGUUUGUGAAUCCGUCGCGGCAGGAGUAUCAGCCUCCAUCGGCAGUGCCAGAGUGGGGGGAUCCAACUUUGGCGGCGAGUACGGGUGGACAGGUGAAUUGGUGA